GUGAUUUCAUCUGGAAUACUGUGAACUUCAUUUGAAAAAAACUGGCCGCCGUGUCAUAAAUUUAUUGAAUAUUUUAAAAAUCGCCAGAUAAAUAAAUCAUUAAUUAAAACGGAACCAUACGCCUCCGUUCGAGCCCCGUGCCUUAGAGAUUUCCCUAAAAGUGACGUCAUCUUGGAAAAUACCAACAUGGAAGCCGAAUCUUCACGUGUGGAAUUUGUAGAAGAAAACGGGAUAAAAGUACGAGUAGAACACAAUCAUGAUAAACCUGGCAAGUGCAAAACAUUCUUCAACCCCAAAAUGAAAAUUUGUAGAGAACUGGUUGUGAGUGCAUUGGCAGCCAUGAUAGAUAGUACAGACAGAAAACUACCACUGCAAGCAUUGGAUUCAUUUGGAGCAACAGGUAUUCUCGGGAUGUUGUUGAAGGCCAAAUUUGGAGACAAUGUAGAUGUAUCCAUUAAUGACCUUGAUCCUGUCUCCAUGGAAAACAUAAAGGUGAACUGCCAGGAGAAUAAUCUCAAGGUUAAAGAUGGAGGUCAAGGUCAAAUAGAGGUCAUAAAUCUAGAUGCCAGGAUAUUGUUGCAUCAGCGCCAAUAUGACUUUGUAUGCUUAGAUCCCUAUGGAACUGUUGCUCCAUUUCUUGAUCCUGUCUUCCACAAUGUACGCAACAAGGGAGUUGUUGUUCUUGUGUCUACUGACGUAGCAGGAAUAUACGGAAAAUUCCCCAAUGUAGCUGAGAGAAACUAUGGCUCUUAUUUGGUCAAAACGGAUUAUUUUAAAGAGUUGGCAGCCAGGGUGGUUAUAGGAGCAGCCAUGAGGUCAGCAGCUCGUUGUAACAAAGGACUUGAAGUCCUAUGCACUGUGGCUGUGGAGCAUUUUGUGCUGACUGUUGUCAAGAUAUGUAGAGGACCUACACAUGCUGAUCGAUGUUUACCUAAAGUGCAUAAACUCAUACAUUGUCACAUGUGUCAAGAUAGAGCCUUUUAUCCAGAGACACAUACGCCUAUAGAGAAUCCCUACUCAUUGCUCCAGUGUGUAUGUAAACAAGAGAACCUUGGAAAAACUGCUGUGGAGUUGGGACCUUUCUGGAGUGGCCCACUGUACAACACUGAGUACUUACACCACAUGCUCCAAUCAGCUCACAAUCUGCAGUUCUCCCAGAGGCUAAAGUCACUGUUAGAGACUCUUAUUGUUGAAUCUCUCUGCCUGGGGAAAACAUACAAAAUGCCAUCUUUUGAUAAACCCAAGAACCAAAAUCGUCAAGCAACUGAAGAUAAUAGCAGCAUUUCCAAUUCAGAAAGUAAUGAACUAUGUCACAAAGAUGUUCAAUCACUUGAACAGAAUAGUACAUCAUCAACUCAGGGAAAUAGUGAUAAAACUGAUAUUAACAAUGCUAAUGGUGAAACAGAUGAAGGGAGUCAUCAGACAUCUAAUGGAGGAAAGAGACCUCUAGAAAAAGAUGAUUCAUCAACUGAAAGUAAAACAAAGAAACUGAAAUUAGAUGUUGGAUCUAAUGGAUUGGAUAUGCCCCUGUUUUUCCAAAAUGUCCAUACAAUGAUGCUAAAGGGAUGUGAUUUACCCAAGGCCAACAAGCUUGUCGCAAUGCUACAUACAGAGGGAUACAGAGCAGCUAGGACACAUUUUGAGCCACAUGCAGUACGCACUAAUGCCACCCUCACACAACUUGCUGACAUCAUCAAGAGACACUGGCCCAGCAAAUAG